CCAUUUGUUAGUGAUCGUCUAUCGAAGAGUGACAUCAUGUGGAACCCGGGAGUUAAUGUAGCAGACAACAGUUCAGGAGUCUACGUUGUUGACAACACCAAUUCAGGAGUUUAUGUCGUAGACAACGAUUCCGGAGUUCAUGUUGUUGAUCAUGGCUCAGGAGUACAUGUCGUGGACUAUGAUUAUAACCAUGGUUCAGGAGUACACGUAGUGGAUCAUGAUUCAGGAGUUCAAGUUGUAGAUCACGAUUCAGGAGUUCACGUAGUAGAUCACGAUUCAGGAGUUCAUGUGGUCGAUCAUGAUUCAGGAGUGCAUGUAGUCGAUCACGAUUCAGGAGUUCAUGUAGUGGAUUACGAUUCAGGAGUGCAGGUUGUGGACCACGGCUCAGGAGUUCAUGUGGUUGAUUACGAUUCAGGAGUGCAGGUUGUGGACCAUGGCGUACAUGUUGUAGAUAACAAUUACGAUUACGGAGGUGGAGUUCAUGUAGUAGAAUAAAAAAGAUUGCGUUUUUAUGAUGUUGUCGAAUUUGUUAUUAAUGAAUGUUAUAUACAUCAAGCAUAUUUAAUUAUAAUCAUUAAACUACUACGGGUUCAACUGGAGAGUACGACACGUAUCAGUAAGAAAUUCUUAAAUUACAUGCGGUACUUUUUUAAAACAAUAAGUUUUAUAUCCUGCUCCAAAAUUAACAAAGUACUGACCUAAAUUUUUGUUAUUCACAUGUAUAUUUUUUGUUUUUGUAAUGU